AUGGAUAAUAAUAGUUCGACUACCUUGAUCGAUCUUGGCCCAUCUCAUACUGUCCGGAUUAUUCUCAUUACUAUCGCUGCUAUCAUAUUUAUGGUAUCCUUAGUGGGUAAUAUUAUGGUCUGCUUGGCAGUUCUUUACAACAAAUCUAGCACCAAAUGCACCAAUAUCUUUCUCCUAAAUUUAGCUAUCUCAGACUUACUUAUUACCAUUAGUAUUCCAUUUGCAGUGACAACAGAUGUCUUGGGUAUCUUUAUAUUUGGUGAUGUAAUGUGUAAAUUGGUUUUUUCUGUCAGAAAUUGUGGCAUAGCAAUAUCGUCGCUAACUUUAGUGAUUGUUGCAUUCGAUCGUUAUUAUGCAGUUUAUUACGCUGCUAACCAACUUCAACGAAAAGUGGCUGUAAUUGUAUUACUUGUGUUAUGGUUUAUUUCAUGUGUAGCUGUUAUUCCACAAGUUAUCGGCUUAAGGGUUGAAUUUUAUGAAAAUAUUGGUUACAUCUGUCGAGAGUACUAUUUGCCAGAAUUUCGUAUUAAUGAGCUGGCUUACACGGUGUCAUUAAUCGGGCUCUUUUUCCUCUCACCGUUUUUGGUGAUCGUCAUUUUGCACUCACUGAUCGUUCAAAAACUAUGGCGUACCAGAAGGAGGCUGUCUAGUAACACCCCACCAUCAAAAUCACCACCUCGAAGUUACCAACAAGUAUACAUUAUGCUAUUUACCGUUACCAUGGCCUUUUUUUGGACACUACUUCCAACUUAUACUUUACAACUGUUGUUAUCAUUAAAUGUUAUUGAUGGGCCAACAAUAACAGUUUACACUGCAUAUUAUAUUACUACGUGGUUGGGUUAUUCUCAUGUCAUGUGGAACCCGAUCAUUUAUGGCUUAUUGAACAAAAAAAUGAGGAAGGACAUGGCUAGCAUAUUCAGACAUUCGACUACUAUGUCUGUUCUCGGAUCAGGAAAGCGCAUUGACUCUUCCAUAGAUGAUCUUCAGCAUCAAAACAAGGUGUUUGUUAAACCUUGA